AUGGCCGAUUUGUCGUGGCAUCGAUCUGUGCCCUCGAGCUCACAGUCCGCUGCCUCGGCGCCGCCUCCAGAACAAACGCCUUGGGAUUCGGAUUUCCAACCAUGCGCAUCAACCGCCUCCUUAUUCCUCUUUGCGCAGGGCUCCGUAAUCUUGUGUUUACACCACGACACACUGGCCGUUGAGCGCCGCUUUUCCCUUCACCAAGACAGAAUAGCCUUUAUUUCCGUCGACAAUAUCAGUGAGCGGGGAGCUGGUCGACUCGUCGUCAGCUACGACUACGCACAGACAGCUAUUGUUUGGGAUCUUUUCACUGGCAAUGAAAUUUCGCGGUUUGCCUCUUUCGAGCCUUUGCAUGUGGCAGCCUGGAUGCGCAAUGGCAACGUCGCCUUCGGGAACGGAAAGGGCGAAGUGAUCCUAUUCGAGCCUUCAACAUCGGAGCACAUUUCUGCCCGUACAAUAUUUGACCCCAUCACAGCACUAGCACCAAGCUCAGACUGUCGAACCUAUUCUAUUGGUUAUCAAAAUGGCUCGAUCUUGAUAGCCCACUUACACCCUAUUUUCACCAUUCUUCACACCCUGACCACUUCUCGCGGCCCAUCUCCGAUCAUUUGCCUUGCCUGGCAUGCUUCUUCGUCAAAACAAAGGUCCGAUAUGCUUGCAACGCAAACCCUCGAUGGUGAUCUUCGAGUAUGGAGUGUUGCCAAGCCCCCCUCGAAGGACUCUCCUCGAGUGAUCCGCGCCCUCAAGCGGAGCGAACCUUAUUCAACAGGACCCAAGUGGAUCGCAUGGUCUAAGAAUGGGAAAAUUAUACAGUAUUCUGACAGGGAAACAUGGGUUUGGGAUGUUCGAACGAAAAAUGUCACAUACGAAACGAUCCCCACCAUCGAAGACGUGCUUGGAAUGGCCAACUAUGGUCCUACGGCCACCUUGUUUUCCCUAGGCCCGAACGAUACUGUCCAGCAGUAUGAUGUAGACAAUCCCACCAUGGUUGCGAACGUACGCCAUCUUCCCCCAGAUCGUGCGCCUGCUGUCGUCGAAGAACCACCGUUAAGAUCAACAUCGCCGGCAUAUUUUAAUCAAAGCAAUGCUAUUCAAAGCGCUCACGGGUUCCGAGGCCCCGAAGUAUCCAUCCAUGAAGUGGCAACUCAACAACGCGCAAACAUGACCAGCCCAAUGUCAGUCCGCAGCCGGACCAACUCCAUCAGUUCACGGGCUUCAUCGGGCCGUGUCCGGCCCUUCUCGCCGCCGGUCAAAUCAUCAUAUAGCGGUACUACUUUUUCAAUGACUUCGCCACUUGGUCGCCAGCCUUCACAAGCCGGAACCUCAAUUGCGUACGGCUCUACUGCCUCGGUGGUCUCGUCAGUUCGCUCUCGCGGUGGCUCACGACUUCGGAAUGAGGUUACCCAGAGCCCUGCAGACAAACCACUGGAAGACCUCUUCCCUUUCACAAGAGCACGUCUCAAUGAUGUUCCUUAUAACCAACAGGCACCUCCGCUAGAUGAAUCUCGGCUCACUCCGGAUGAUCUCCGCCGCCAAAUGCUCAGGGUGGUCUUUGGGUGGGAAGGAGAUAUUGAGGAUCUCAUUCACGAUGAGUUAAAUCGACAUGCCCCCAGUAGUCAAAAUGCGAUUUUCCUUUCACGUUGGCUGGGAGACCACGACCCAAUGCAAAUAAUGAAUAUGCUCAGCUCAGGUCCUGUGAGCUCUUCUGCUUGGAUGUUCCUCGCUCUCAGCCAAAUGGGCGGCCAAGAACAAUCCAACAAGGUUGGCCAGACUUUCGUCCAGCGAUUGCUCGAAGUUGGCGAUAUCCAUGCAUCUGCAACUAUUCUACUUGCCCUCGGAGACAAAAACGAUGCGAUUGAAGUUUACGUAUCUCGUAGCUACUUUAUGGAAGCUAUUCUCAUGACUUCCCUGCUGUUGCCUGGUGACUGGCAGCGACUGUCAUAUUUGGUCCGUCGAUGGGGAGAGCACGUAGUCUCACAUUCCCAACAGCAGUUAGCUAUCCGAUGCUUCAUGUGCACAGGUGCCGAGCCGUCAGAGCCAUGGAGGUCCCCUACUGCUCCAAUCGCCCCUUACCACGACCUCCGUGUUACCUCGCCAGUCCCUGAACCACAGUCCCAGUCCCAAUUUGAGGAACAGCUGAAGUCUGAUCAAGCUAAUCGAAUGACGGUCAAAAAUUCGUCUCUCAAACUGAUAACUUCAUUUGGUUCUCAGCCAAACGAAUUCAAGUUCCCUGGUCUCAAAUCAGAUGAUCGUACUCCUACGAAUGCUCCUGGAAUAACGCCAAUUGCCGAAUCUGCCGUCGGAGAGUCUGCGCUUUCCCCAGGUGGACUGGGCUCAUACCGCCUCAACAACAUUCGAAAUAUUAACCAAGCAAUGUCCGCGAGGACUGCAACUCCAGGCUCGAUGCACCGGCAGCGGUUGCCUUCUAUCGGUGAGACGCCGGUCGACGUUCAACCACCAUCUUUCCCGCCAAGGUCGCUUACUGCCCCUCCUGUAGAGUCUAGCUCGCAGAGGGGAAAUAGUAACGAUUCUACCGCUGAAGAAAGUAAUGAAAAAGAUGGUGAUGCUCCGGUGCUUCUGUUGUCGUCAGCGCGUUACGAGCCUAGACGAGAUAGUCAUGGUCCAAGUCCGCAAACUGCUGUGCAAACAGCACCGAACAACUUCCAGGGUAUUAAGGGCCUCCCAUCUCCAGCCGCAGGAAUCUUUGACAAUUUUAAGGAGCAAUCCCUGGCCAGAAAUAGUUCUCAGAGCCGGAAGCCUGAGGGUCUCCAUAUUCAGUGGCCGCCAGUUGAUACAUCCGAACCAGAAACCGGUGGAUACCCUUCGUACUCGGAGAAUACCGAUAACGAUGGCAAAAGUCCUGCGUCUGUCUUCCAAAGCUUGCGUGCUAAUAAGAGCCCUAGCAUCAGCGGCCGUAGCAUUGAUCAAUAUAUUAACAGCCUUGAUGAGGCGAAUUACUACGCCAAACAAUUCCGUCGCCCCCACACAAAGUCGAACCGCCAUGGGGAGAGCAGUGGUAGUGAGCACCAGAACAUCUCUAGGAACGAGUCAGUGGAGUCGCGUGGUCGAACCAACGCCAGAUAUAUUACGCCAGCAAAGCGAUCUCCAUCUUCGCCGGUGCCAAUGUCUCCCGAGGAGUUUUCCAAGUACAACGUAAGCGUCGAGAGUCUUGGUACCGAAAAACCCAAGCAGAGAAGUAGAAGCCACCACAAAGGUACUUCACGCGGUCAACGAUCUACUUCCAGAGGAACGGAAAAGAAGCACAAGGCACGAAGUCGCAAUUCUAGUCGCCGCCACAGUCGAGGACGCAGUAGCGAUAGAAACAAGUCAACUCUACAAUCACCAACCUCACCACUGCCAAUGUCACCAUCCGAUGAGAUUCGAGGAUUUGGGGACAGCCUCCGCUUUGUCACAAGCGACCGUGAACGAUUACAACGAUCUCAACCGCGAAGUUCCAGUCGUCGUGCUGACAGAGCCACCAGCGCUCGACGUGACGGUUCGCCAGACAAACGACGCCCCAGAGCUAGAUCAAGCAGCCGUCAAGCCCGUGGUGCCCAUCCUGCCCCUGAGCCUACUCCACAGGUUACUCCUCAGCACCCACCACCAGAGCUUGUUGAAGAGUCCCAGAAGACAAUUCCGCCCAGUGACACUGCUCCUCUCAGCUCAGUAGAUCGUAUUAGGAAAGAAAUAGCAGCCGCAGAGCUUGAGGCUCGCCGUUUGUCUCUUGCACGGCGCCCGUCUGCACCCAAUAUUCCUCGUCCUGGUGAGUUCAAAAUGCUUACAACUACCCAAUCCGUGGGGGGUAAGGCUCCAGAAAGUCCUCCAUCGUCUGGUGGCUCAUAUGGUCAACGUAUGCGAUCCAAGAGCAAUGCCAGCAAGCGAUCACCAGAGCUUCCGAAUGGGUCUGACUCGAGUUCAUCCUCACGAGGCCGGUCCGGCUCCAUUGGCUUACCAGCGACUCCAAAGGCAAUGCGACAUCCUAAAUACAGCGACGGAUACAUCGAUGCAGAGGCACCUGCUGUGCCUGGAAUUCCUCUGACGCUUCCAAGUACGGUUUAUCAGGCCGAGGCAGCAAAAAUCAGCCGAUCAAUGUCGGUUCCUGUCAUUGAUUUUCAAAAGCCGGCACCCGUUGAUAUUCCCCAUCAUCCCCGGUAUAUUCCCAACCUUCCAAGAAGCAGGUCAACCAGCAGGUCUCGAGGUCCACGAGGACAUAACCGUAACGGUUCGCGUGAACUUGGGUCUGUUCCUUAUGGCCCUCCAGCUUCGGUAUCUGUCAACGUUGAAAACGAGAUUGGAGGAGACAAAGCAAAAGUGCCUCCACCAAUUAUUCCAGAACUACAACAUCUCAAUACGCCUCCACCUCCACCUCCUAUUCCCGGUGUUGCUGGGUCAAGGAUGAAGGAGGCAGGUUCUAUCACUACCGUGAUGGACAAUUCCCGAGCUGGUUACGAAAUUUCCCGACCCAUGACUACGGGUACUGAUUCUCGACACACGCGUAGGAUGUCGGCCGAUCACAGACGAGGCGGCAGUAUCAACGAAAGCUUCGCAACAAAGUUUAGAAACUUCACCGGCCGGAUGCGUAGCAACAGCCGUGGCCCCGGUGUACAAUCUCCACCGACAGAAUCCUCCGACAACACCACGGUCUCUCCGUACGAAAGCGUCCGGAUGCCAAUGGAGAAUGGGUUUUAA